AUGACAACGACCACAUCAUUCCCCUUCCCUCCAACAUAUAAUUUCCCACCCUUCUUCACCCCGCAACCGAAUAGCAACACCCGCCUUUCACAGCUGGAAAAAUGGUCUUCGCUGAUUCAAGCAUGGUGCCGGCAUCACCGCCAAUAUCGUCUUUCGCUAGUCGACGCUAUUGAUACCCCGCUGUUCCACAACGCGCUCUUGCGCAAACGUCUUGAUCUCGCCGCAGCCCGUGAUGUGUUGGAUUGGAUGACGAAGAGCGAGGAGGAGGGCGGCGGUGGAAGGCGGGCUGAAUGGUUAGAUGCGAGUACCGGAGGCAAUGCAGCUCCAAAAUCUGUUGCUUAUAUUUGGUGGAGGAGACCGGAAGAGUGGGCUGAUGUCGUUGCGGAUUGGGUUGAAAACACUGGUCAGCGUGGGGCUGUCUUAACGGUCUAUGAGUUGAUACAGGGCGAAGCGACAGUAUCUCAAGAUUUUCAUGGAAUGGAUAACGAUGUCAUGAUGAAGACUCUAAAUAUUCUUGUCAAGAGGGGCAAGAUUCAGAUCUUUGGCAAUGAGGGCGAAGAAGGUGUCAAAUUCUUCUAA